GGAAACGCGAGACGGUGAAUUGUGUGAGUGCUGCAGCUAGGGGGCGCUGUGGAGGCACCAUGGUGCCCGGAUGUUGUUUCAGUUUCCAACAUGGCGCGGGGGAGGUCUCGUUGCCGAGGGGUUUGACUUUUGAUAAGCGCAUUUAGCCAGUUUUUCCUAAACUUUGUAAUCGUCUCACAGUUGAAAAGCGCGCUGGGGAGUUUAUGGAGUUGAAUGCUUGACGGAAUCUACAUUAAACACCAGUUCUGAUGCUCUGCUGCAGCCAUGUUCACCAAGAAGAAAAAGCAGCGCAUUCAGAUCUCCGCUCCCUCCAACUUUGAGCACCGUGUGCACACUGACUUUGAUGAGCAGGAGCAGAAGUUUGUGGGGCUUCCUCGCCAAUGGCAGAGCCUCAUCGAAGAUACGGCCAAAAGGCCCAAGCCCUUCAUCGAUGCUACAGUCAUCACCACGGUGGAGCCUCGCAAGGCCAUAGUGCGAGGCAGUAAGAUAGGGGUUGAUGGCUCUCUGACGUGGCUCCUGGAUGAGUUUGAAACCAUGUCAGUCAUCCGUUCAAACUCACUGCGACGGGGCAGUCCUCCCACACAGCCUCGCCGUGACUCGGGCUCCUCUGGGAUGCAGGAGAAUGGGGAGCACCCUCACCGGCAUCAUGAGCAUGCAGGCGAGAGCAGAGACAGAGAGAAAAUGCGCCCCGAUUCCCAGAGACCAGCUCGAGCCCACCGAGAAGACGGGAGGCCGAUGCAGCCCCACGGCCAAGAGCCAAGCAGACACAAAGAGCAAGAACGACCCGCUGGACCUCACGCACCUCCUCACAGAGAACGAGACAGAGAUCGAGACCACCACAACCCAGUGGUCUGGAGGGAAGCGGCCAAUGACAAAAGACCAAAAUCGAGCUACACAAGUCAGGACGAAAGCCCACAGUCCCCACGAGACAAGAGACCUCUCUCUGGACCAAAUGUUCGAACCCCCAACCUUCCUGUUACAGAGGGGGGGAUGAAGACAGCACAGCAAAGCCGGCCGUUCAACACUUACCCCCGCACUGAAAGUGACUCAGCAAGAAACCCCAGCAGUCAGGACCUGAAGCCAGGCAGGACUCACGACCCUCCCCCGAAUGGCCCAUCCAGUGGGUCAAACCGAAGUGGGAACAGUGGGGGUAAGGGCUCCUCCCAGCAGCAUCAUGCUUCUCACCCUGCUUUGGGACCAGAGCCCCCCCACAGCCAGCCAUUUCCACCAGCAUCCCGACCCCCUGCACCCCCUGGGCCACCCCAGCAACCCCAGCGUGUUUCUCAUGAGCAGUUCCGUGCUGCUCUCCAGAUGGUGGUGGAUCCCGGUGACCCCCGCACCUACCUGGACCACUACAUCAAAAUUGGCGAGGGCUCCACUGGUAUUGUGUGUAUUGCAACAGUUAAGAGCACAGGCAAACUGGUGGCUGUGAAAAAGAUGGAUCUACGCAAACAACAGCGGCGAGAGCUGCUCUUUAAUGAGGUGGUGAUCAUGCGAGACUAUCAUCAUGAGAAUGUUGUGGACAUGUACAACAGUUACUUAGUUGGUGAUGAGCUCUGGGUUGUCAUGGAGUUCCUUGAAGGCGGAGCGCUCACUGACAUAGUCACACAUACGAGGAUGAAUGAAGAGCAGAUUGCCACUGUGUGCCUGUCUGUCCUUAAGGCUCUGUCAGUGUUGCACGCUCAGGGUGUCAUCCACAGAGACAUCAAAAGUGACUCUAUACUACUUACUCAUGAUGGCAGAAUAAAGCUGUCUGACUUUGGCUUCUGUGCCCAAGUGUCAAAAGAGGUCCAGCGAAGAAAGUCGUUGGUUGGAACUCCAUAUUGGAUGGCACCUGAGCUCAUCUCAAGACUGCCAUAUGGACCAGAGGUGGACAUCUGGUCUCUUGGCAUUAUGGUAAUUGAAAUGGUCGAUGGAGAGCCUCCAUAUUUCAACGAACCUCCACUCAAAGCGAUGAAGAUGAUUCGAGACAACUUGCCACCCAAACUGAAGAACCUUCACAAAGUCUCACCACUUCUCAAGGGCUUCUUGGACAGGAUGCUUGUUCGGGACCCUGCCCAGAGGGCCACAGCCCAGGAGCUGCUCAAGCAUCCAUUUCUCUCUAAAUCUGGCCCUCCCUCUUGUAUUGUGCCCCUCAUGAGGCAAAACCGCAUGAGAUGAGUGCAAGAGGAACAUCGAUUCCACCAGGACCCUCUGCUAAUCUGAAAGUACAGACCUUUUGAGGCAGGAGACCUGCAGAAAGGUGCAGCUGUGCACACUUCAAGUUUCAGAUCAAGUAUUUGAAAAGACCAGACUUGCUUCCAAAUACUAUAAACACUGCUGUUGGCAAGAGCUGAGGCCUUUGGAAAGGACUAAACCAAAAGAAGCCCUGCAAAGAAAACACUGAUGAUUUUACACUAGUUGUAUUAUCACUGGAAACACGUGGUAAAGUGAAAAUUCAGUGUCAGUGUUCCUCUUUUACUUAGGGGGGGGUUUUGGAUGAUUUUGCAGUUUGAAACAUCUCUCAAAGGCUGUGUUUCUGGGUGAAGCAAUUAACCUCUGACUUAAAAUCCUUUAACAUCUGGAACUUUUUGGAGCUGCUGUUACACCCCCACAAUGGAAGCAGUGCUCUAUUUCUAAACUCAAACUUCACCUCUUGCACCAUAACCACUUUCUGACUUCUAAUCAAUUUAAAGAGGAAAAUUACUACUGAAGAGCUAUAUUUUACUUUAUCAAAAGAAAAAAAAAACACUAGGCUCCUGUUACAACACUAGACUAGGUAAACAC